AGCUUGGAUACUCUAAAGAUGUAAAGUUGGUUUCUUAGAAACCACUCUUGGAGUAUAGGACUUAAUAUAUACACAUACCUUCUAAGGAGGAGGCCUAUUGCCUCUAUCCUUCUUAUGCAAGCCAUCCAUCCUUCUCCUCUCUCUCUCUCUCUUCUUCUCUCUCUCUGACAAUUUCUUCCACAUCAAUUCUUUUAAAUGAUUCCAGCGAAGGAUUUUUAACCUUUCUCUUCAUUAAAAUUCCAAACCCAGAAACAUCAUGCUUACACUGACAUUCUUAUAUUAAUUUUUUUAUUUUUUUUGGUUAAGAAACAUUUUAAUUCCUCUGUCCAUAAAGUAUUAUCUCAAGAGGCAAUAUAAACCUGGUGUGAAUCAUGGCAGAAAUCACAACAUACUCUAUGGAGAAGGAUUUGGGCUGUGGCGUGAUAGGGGGAGCUUUCCUACGCCGGCAUUUCUGGCCGAAAAAGACCUCAGUGCAUUCACUUCCUGCGAGCAGCACCACUAUCAGAAACCUGCCCAGUAUUGAUAGUAAUUCAAAGAAGCCUCCUAUCCAUAAUUCAAAGAGGCAACAAAACAAACCCGAGCCUGUCAUCCUUUAUUCCUCCAAUUUGCCCAUAUCUUCACCAAAAGUAGGGAAAAAACGGCAUAGUUUGAUUCCUCCAAGGCCUUCGACUUCUCAUCAAAAGAAAGAAGGUAGGAGAACCUCAGAUGCUGCAAGAAGCUCAACAUCAUCCUCAUCAAGCUCAGGACGGGUUAAAGUACUUCAAACCGACAAGUCUGAGCUAAAAUGGGACUCUACCAGUGACUCCAUAGAGCUUAGCAGAACUGUAAUAGCUAAUCAUCGAAAGUCCAAUGACAACAAAGCUCUUGUUCGAGCCACUUCUGGCAAUGUAAUGUUGUUAGGCAAUAUGGGCAACCUAAGACAGUCCAGAAAAAAAAACGGGGAUUUUAUAGGGAAUAAUAGUCCUAAAGUUACCAUUAAGACCGUGGGUUACCUUAACAAGAACCUUCAAGAGGUAAAUUUCUCUUCUAGACCCAGAAAUGGCUAUAGUAAACUUGGCAGUAAUGGUGUUAUGGGCAACAUUGUGAGGCAGCCUAGUGAUGAGUUGCGGCAGGGACAGGAUCUGAUAAUUAGCAUGGAUCCUGAGGUUUUAAAGAAUAAAGGAAAUGAAAGGUACAAGCAGGGAAGAUUUGAAGAGGCCUUGGCUUUCUAUGAUCGUGCAAUUGCUCUUGAUUCAACAAAGGCAACAUAUCGAAGCAAUAGAAGUGCUGCUUUGAUAGGAUUAGGCCGUCUUAUAGAAGCUGUUGUGGAGUGCAAAGAAGCUAUCAGACUUGAUCCUGAUUAUCAAAGAGCCCAUUACCGUUUGGCAACAAUAUAUUUCAGACUGGGAGAAACAGAGAAGGCUCUGAGUCACUACAAACAGUCAGGCCCCAUUACUGAUUCCAAAGACCUUGCUCAAGUUCAGGCUCUUCAAGGGAACCUGAACAGGUGCACCGAAGCUCGAAAACUAGAAGAAUGGUCUCGAUUGCUGAAAGAGACUGAGCGCACAGUUUCCUCUGGUGCUGAUUCAGCUCCAAAGGUUUUCGCUAUGCAAGCCGAGGCACUACUGAGGCUCCACAGGCACCAAGAAGCCUACAAGGCCUACCAAAAGAGACCAAAUUUUACUGUUGAAUCCUGUGCCAAGUUAUUUGGCCUGACUAUCGCAUCUUAUCUCUUAGUGAUUGGGGCACAGGUUUACAUGACUGCCGGCAGGUUUGAAGAUGCAAUGGCUGCAGCCCAGCAAGCUGCUCGACUCGAUCCCAGCAACAGGGAGGCUAACGCAGUAUUAAAGAGUGCUAGAGCAGUAGCAUCUGCUAGAUUGAGGGGCAACUUUUUAUUCAAGGCAUCAAAAUUCACCGAGGCAUCUAUCGCAUAUAGUGAAGGCCUCGAACAUGACCCUUGCAACUCAAUUUUACUAUGCAACCGAGCAGCCUGUCGGUCCAAGCUUGGCCAAUUUGAAAAGGCUGUAGAAGACUGCACUGCGGCUCUUAGUUUGCAACCCAAUUAUAGCAAAGCAAGGCUAAGAAGGGCUCAUUGCAAUGCCGAGCUGGAAAGAUGGGCGGCUUCAAUUCAAGAUUUUGAGAUGUUGAUAAGAGAAAGUCCAGCAGAUGAGGAAGUGGGCCGGGCCUUGUUUGAAGCGCAGGUUCAACUUAAAAAGCAACGUGGCGAAGACACCCAGGACCUCAAAUUUGGUUCUAAUUUGGUGUUUGUUUCCAGCAAUGAGCGCUUUAGACACUUCGUAACUUCACCCGGGAUGUCUGUGGUGCUCUUUUGUAGCAAAGAUAAUGGUCAAACAGUGUUGCAGCUGAUGGAGCAAGUCUCCAAGAAAUUCCCAUCCGUCAACUUUCUCAAGGUGGAGGUUGAAGACCAUCCCUACCUGGCAAAGUCAGAGAGGGUGACACUUUUGCCAUCGUUCAAGAUAUACAAGAACGGAUCGAGGGUUAAAGAAAUUUCCGGCAACAACCACGAAUUAUUAGAAAAAUCAGUCAAGUUAUACAGCCGUUGAAGACAAUUUGACACGAGUGUAGACAUGGAGACAGGGAAGAAAACUCAAUCAGAGAAAAAUAAUGCGGGCUGGUUGCGUUUGGUCUCCAACUUUGCCAGCAAGGAACAUAAAAAAUGAAUAGAUCAGAUGAGGAAUCACUGUUGCAGCACCACAGAUUACACUAAUGUGGUGGAAUUGCUUGAUGAUAAUUAGAUUCUUUGACAAAUUUAAAUAGAUUAAACUAAGAUCGAAGGACGAUUUGUGCA